AUGUACAAUUAUGAAGAAAUGCAUGACCUGGAUCAUGCAAGGCAGAUUGAGAGUAUAUGGGUGUGCAAGGCAUACACUGCUAAGUGUAGCUUGAGUGAACCCUUCCAGCUCUCACAUCAGUAUUAUCAGACUGGUGACUUUACCAUUGGAACAAUUGCAACUCAGUAUGCCUUCAUAUUCGAAGAAAUAGGUUUCAAAAAAAUCCCCACAAUAAAGGAUAUUGAUCGACUUAUAGCAAGGCCUAAGUAUUACCAGCAUGUUCUGUCCUCAGUGUUUGCCAUCAAGGAGAUCAAUGAAAACUCCCAAAUCUUACCGAAUGCAACCUUUGGCUUCCACAUAUACGACAGUUAUAUCAAUGCAAGGAUGACUCAUCAGAACACCCUGAAGCUUCUUUCCAGCCAGGAAAAGAUUAUUCCGAACUUCAAAUGUGAUAAGCAAAAGAAUUUGAUAGCUGUCAUUGGGGGACUUGACUCUGAAAUAUCCCUUUACAUGGCUACUCUGUUAGGCAUCUACAAGAUUCCACAGCUUGCCUAUUGUAUAAUUGCUCCAGUGAUGGAUGUUAAAAACCAGCUGCCUUCAUUCUAUCGAAUGGUGCCGAGUGAAGAAUAUCAGUAUACAGGGAUUGUCCAGCUUCUUCUGCAUUUCCAAUGGACAUGGGUUGGGAUACUUACAAUGGAUGACGAUAAUGGAGACCAGUUUGUAACGACAUUGAUGCCAAUGCUUUUGCAGCAUGGAAUCUGCAUAGCCCUCAAUGAAAAAACUCCACCUGUAUCUCAGGCUAUAGAGAAGCUUUCAUUUGAUUCCAUUCUGAAAAGGGCUUGUUAUCUAUCCAACUCUAAGAUCAAAGUGCUGAUCGUAAAUGCAGAAAAUCCCACCAUAACAUGUUUGACAUGGACAAUAUAUUUAUAUGUUACAUUGAAAAGCAUUACAGAGACAUCAGUAGGCAAAGUAUGGCUUAUUACAGCUCAGUGGGAUUUCUCAUUGGAUAUAAUGCUCAGGGCUAUUGAUAUACAAGUUUUUGAUGGUACCUUGAGUUUUGCAAUACAUUCAAAUGCAGUGCCAGGGUUCAGAAAAUUCCUUUAUCACCUACAACCAAACGCAGAAAAAGGAGAUGAUUUUAUUAGGAUCUUCUGGGAACAGGCUUUCAGUUGCUCGUUUUCUGGUUCUAAGGAGGUCAAGCAAACGUCUGAUAGUUGCACUGGUGAAGAGAAGCUGGAUAGCCUCCCUGGGACACUCUUUGAGAUGAGUAUGACUGGCCAAAGCUACAGCAUCUACAAUGCAGUCCAUGCCAUAGCACAUAGUUUACAUAAGAUGUACUCAUCCAGGUCAAAACACAGAGCAAUGCAGGACAGAGCUAGAUUGGAUGUUUCAAAUCUGCAAUCUUGGCAGAUUCAUCCUUUCCUGAGAAGCAUCAUAUUUAACAAUAGCGCUGGUGAUAAAGUGUCUUUGAAUGAGAAGGGUGAAUUAGCAGCUGGAUUUGACAUAAUAAACUGGGUUGCUUUCCCAAACCAAUCGUUUGCAAGUGUGAAAGUAGGAAUGAUGGAUCCAGAGGCUGUAACAGAUCAAGACUUCACAAUCAAUGAUAAGGCUAUCACAUGGCACAACACAUUUAAUCAGGCGCAGCCGCUUGCUGUGUGUAAUGACUACUGCUAUCCAGGAUACAGCAGAAAAAAGAAGGAAGGGCAGCCAUUUUGUUGCUAUGAUUGUACUCUGUGCCCAUAUGGGAAGAUUUCAAACCAAAUGGAUAUGGAUUACUGUUUCCAAUGCCCCAAAGGCCAAUUUCCAAACAGCAACAGAGAUCAAUGUCUUCCUAAAGUCCUAAACUUCCUGUCUUUCACAGAACCUUUGGGAAUCAUUUUAACCUUUUUGAUUUUGUCUUCUUCUGUAAUCACAGCUUUGGUGCUAGAAAUUUUCAUCAAGCACAAGGACACUCCCAUUGUCAAAGCCAACAAUCGGAAUCUCACCUACACUCUACUCAUCUCCCUCUUGCUCUCUUUCCUCUGCUCUUUGCUAUUCAUUGGCUGCCCUCAAACAGUGACCUGCUGUUUACGACAAACUGCCUUUGGCAUUAUCUUCUCCAUGGCUGUUUCUUGUGUUUUGGCAAAAACUGUCACUGUGGUCCUGGCUUUCAUGGCCACCAAGCCAGGAUCGAGGAUGAGGAAAUGGGUGGGGAAAAGUCUGGCCAAUUCUGUUGUAUUUAGCUGCUCCAUUAUUGAAGCUAUCAUUUGUGUUGUGUGGCUAUGCACUGCUCCUCCAUUCCCACAUUUGGACACACAUUCUCUCAUGGAAGAAAUCAUAGUGGAAUGCAGUGAAGGAUCAGUCACAAUGUUUUAUUGUGUUCUGGGAUACUUGGGAUUUCUUGCCAUUGUUAGCUUCGCAGUCGCUUUUCAGGCCAGAAAGUUGCCAGAUAGCUUCAAUGAAGCCAAGUUCAUCACUUUCAGCAUGCUGGUAUUUUGCAGUGUUUGGUUGUCCUUUGUUCCUUCUUACCUGAGCACAAAGGGGAAAUACAUGGUGGCUGUGGAGAUCUUCUCCAUCUUGGCCUCCAGUGCUGGGUUACUGGGUUGUAUCUUUGCCCCCAAAUGCUACAUAAUUAUCCUCAGGCCUUCGUUGAACAGCAGAGAGCAGCUUAUACGUAGAAAUACCUAG